AUGAGAUUUCCUGUUAAAACUAAAUUACCUCCUUUAUUUAAUACCGUUCAUAUUAUUAGAGACAAUUUCAAAAGACAACAAUUUAAAGAAUAUGAAUUAUUGACAAAAGCUCUGAAAUAUAUGGCAAGGAAUACGAUGUUACCAUCAAAGACAAGACUACAAGCACAGUUGAAGUUGAAUGCAUUACCCAACUACACCCAUUUCACUCAAGUUAAGAAUCGUUGUAUUGCAUCUGGUUCAUCUCGUCAUGUUAUCUCUGACUUUAGAUUAUGUAGACAACAAUUUAGAAGUAAAGCUUUAAACGGUGAAUUGCCAGGGGUAAAGAAAGGUGUUUGGUGA